AUGUCCCCUCCUGCUCUCUCCCUUAAUGCUCUCUUGCUCUCUUACGUCGUCAUGGUGACAAAGACCAGGACGGCGGCUAGAGACCACCCAGCCGCUCUCCAAGCAUUAGAAAUAUUCCGAAAUGCGCCGAAACUCAAUAUCGGUGGAAGAUGGCAUUGUCCUGGCUUUGAUCUAUCAGAUGAAUAUAAAUAUGGGACAGUUAUCAAAGUUUCAGUCCGCCCGGAAGCCGAUCAAAUCCUCGCCUCCCGAAAGAAGCCCGAAAAGUUGUUCCUCCGAUCAGCAUCCGUUGGCCUUGCACCAGGAGACGGUGAGCAGUCACCGUCGCCCGGUCCUUUUUCAAAAGAUGAGAAAGAGAAGAAACAGAAUCGACGGGAAUCGAUAAAAGAUCAUUUGAUGAAGUUUAAGGCGAAGGCUGGGAAGAUUUUGGAAGAGAAACAGCAAGUGAAACCGUUGAAUGACGAGCAGACACCGCAGAUGUCGUUUGUGUCCCAAACGUCCGAAGGUGAUAUAAAGGAAGAGCUAUCUUCUGGUGGUGUGAUUGAUGAACAGGCUAGCGAGUCGUCUAUCCAACAAGAUGUUUCUUCGAAAAAAGAAUCAAAAGAGCAAUUGAGGAAUAGAAUACGAAAAAGUGCACAGAAAGCGGUGGAGAGAACACGUGGAAAUGUGCAAUUGAAUCGGAGAUUGGCUAGACGGCCUACUGUAGUUAUGGAGGAACAUUUGGAUGAGAACGAUCUCUAUGCGAUUGAUGAGCAGGUUGAGAGGACUAUUAAGAUGGGCGAAAAAUACCUGGUCGCCAACGCGAACACUUCUGCCGCUGAAAAAGAUAUCGACGAUUUGUUCUCAGCGAAACCCAAACAUGUCGACGAAUUCAAGAAAGAGGAGCCACGGAAAGUAAUCUACGGAAGAGUUGAGGAGGUCAAGUAUCAGCAUGACUUAUUAGUGAAAUACGUGUUGAAGGAUAGUAAUAUCGUUUGCGGAGAGAUAACACCAACGGAAAUGCUGAAAAAGUCGGUAGUGAUCCCGACGAGACUCGAGUAUAAUGAGGACUCGGUCAGUAUUUAUACGGCGCCGGAAGCUAUGGAUAACGUGAUUAGUCAGACUAGAAACCGAAAAUACGUGCAACUUGACGUCUUCAUUGACUCUAUUCACUUUGACCAUCACUAUCUAUGGUCUGAGGAGGAAGUGACCACUGCCGAGUUACGGAAUGAAUAUAUGGUUCAGUUACUGAGAGUUCAUGAAAUUGCGCAACUGGAGAGACAUCACUUGGAAAUCAACCGCCAACCCGCUAUGAAGGAACAAGUAAGAAAGGGGCGAUUGGAAUUGGAACGUCUCGGAGAUGUGCUGACGGAGACACGAAGAAGUCAAGGGUUUACAGCGACCAAUUCGGAUUUCGUACCUGCCAAAUCGCCGUGGGAUAUUGAUGACUGGAGCUCUUAUGGUCAAGUAACAAGAACCGCAAAACUCACACCAAUCGGAAAGAUCCCGAAAGCCGCUAGAGAGCGAAUCGCCCUUAUGAGACGUACCAACAUCCAGUUAGUACUGUAUUUCAACGAAAUGGAAGUGAGCAGAACCGCGUGGAUUCCGUUAAGUUGUGAUGUGAUGUCUGCGGUGAAGAGAUUCGAAUUGGAGUUAUAUUCCCCGAUGAAAUCAUUGGAAUUGAUGGUUUUAGAGCAGUGUAAUGGGAAGAUAAGGACUUUGGGAAGGGGAAAUGUUCCACUCCCAUCGGAUGAGGACUUGGAAAUCGCGUUGCAUGAAGUAGUGUUUGAAAAUGAUCAAUUUAUGAAACCAAUCGGUGGAAGCCUUGGAUCCGAUAUAAGCCGUAAGGAAACCGGACGAAUCUUGUGCCGUACUAUGUUGGAGGAUGGGGAGUUAAGAAUAGCGGAUGACAGAUUGCUGGCGGAAUCUAUGCAGGAUAGAAGAAAGAAUACAUUUGAGUUGAUACCGAAGGAGAUGGUCUUGGGAAGUUUGUAUGUGGAUGAGGAUAAGAAGCGCCUCGACGAGUUGCGCGAAGAAGACCGUGCUCAACAGCGCUUCGCCUUCCGUAGUGCAAUCGAUUCUCGACGCAUUUCUGCAUUACAAUUCGCUAAUUUGGCCCGUAAAAGGGUAAUGGACAGACGACAACGUAAGGAGAAAAAGUAUGAGGAGAUAGUGAGGGAAGAGUCGAUUCCAACGUUGUCAGUCGCGUUUUCACAGCUUUUCGGACCAGCGGAUAUUUCGAGACGCUUGAAACCGAUGAGGAAGGAAGAACGCGCCCGCGAAGAAGGCUGGGAUAAUACAAUCGUAGUGAAUAUCCAAUCGGCUAUCAACCUUCCUAUUAGAUAUUCCGGAUUGCUUCAACCAUUUGUAGUCGUAACCUAUUCCGGACGACGAAUCAAUACGGACGUGGCAAUGGGAAGACACCCGAAUUGGCAAUUCACUGGAAAACUUAUAAUUUCGAAAGAGGAUCGGGAGGCGGAGUUUAUAGAGAUUAAGGUUUAUGAUCAGCUAGUCGAGGGUAUCGAUAAGGACGAGCGUAUUUACAAUGUUGUUCACGAACAACUAUCCGCGAGGCUAUUGGCCGCACAAAGAAUUCGUUUCGAGACCCUGGCUACUGUAUCGAAAAUUAACACAUCGAUUAAGAUGGAUAUACCGCUUUAUAUUUCGAAUUAUCGAAUCUCUUCCGACGCCUGUUUCCUCAAAGUGCUCCUUUCCACACAAAUCGAUCCAAAAUCUCAAGUAGAAUACACAAAAAGUUCCACAAGUUUCGAAACUCAAAAAACGAUUGAAAAAUGUGCGAUUCUCGAGAAACAAGUGAAAGAGCAAUUCCCGAAACGAGUAUUCCGUCCACUGGUGACUGAUCUCAAUGCUCACUCGACGAUCUGCACGAGAUAUCUCCGUCAAAUAGUGCCACCGACCGUCGUAAUGCAGGAAAACGCUUCGAAUCUUCUGGAAAUUUGUCGGUUAUCUGCAAAGAUUGUCGCUGGAAUGCCACGUGUCGAUGCGUCAUCUCACUCGGAUAUAUGGGGAAACGCAUUUCAGUUGACAAGUAUUGCAGUCGGCGGAUUGGAGGAGAGAGCCACUUUGUUAGGGUGCUGGAUGCUUUAUUUCAGACUUCCAGUGGCUAUUAUAUUGGGAGAAGCCCGCGGAGAGAAAACUGGAUUCGUUUUGACUGAAAUCGAAGGGAAACAAUACUUGAUUGAUCCGGAAGAUGGUCACAUCUACAAUGCGCUUGACUCAAAUUGUGCAUUGGGGAAAAUCUAUGGAGCGUUUGACGCAAAAAAUUAUUAUGCCAAUAUUCAGUUGUACGACCAGGCAUCUCAGAUUUCGGUUAAUUUGACGAAAAUCUCCAACUGGAAGCCUUUGUUCGCCGCCAACGAAGAACCCCUUGAAAGUGUGCAACCUGCAACAAUCCGUUACUCAAAACUACCCGAAGACUGGAUAGUCGAGCUAAGGAUCUCUCUCGAACGCGAGAUCAAACUCCGUUUCGAUCAAUCCCGAAAACACGCGAUCCCCCAAUGGCAUCUCGUAGCUGCUCGCCAACUCCGUGAGCUUCUGGAAGGUUCCCGUGGUGUGACGGAAGACUCGGUGGACGAGAAGAUGGCAAGACUGCGUGAAGGAUAUGUGGUUACUGUAUGCGUGUUCCGUCUCUGCUACUCAUCGAUGGAGGAUUGUAUUCACCAGGUUCUUUCCAGUCGAUUACAAGAUUCAUCGGAUCAGAAUUCACAAUUCGCGUUGGCGGUUCAUGUCGUCGACUUUUUUGCUCAUGUUAUACAGAUUGAUGUGGCGUUGGCGGUGCUUAAGCCGAAGAAGUAA